AUAUUUGUUUUCUACAGGAUGUCAUUCCCAGACGAAUAUCUGCUAUUUCGCGCAGAAGGAAAGAUUUGGAAUGGACCUGACGGGGCGCAAGUGAGUCCCGAUUGCCCGUUUGUGGUCAAGCAGGUGGCGGAGCUGAAGAACAAGUCGUUCGAACAAGUGCGGCGCGCGAUACUGAAGAAUUUUCAGUUGAACGAAGCCACGCAUGAACUCACUUUGCAGCACAUCCUGUAUGUGAGGACCGAUCCUUCCGCUCCUCCAUAUAAUGUGCUGAUUGACAUAGUAGGGGAGGAAUCCUGGAGGGCAUUUUUCAAGGUGGCAUGCCGCCAUGUCCGCUCCUUCAAGCUCUUCGCCAAAUGGACUGUCAAGAAGACAAGCUCUGCCUCCAAUGCGACUGACAGCAAUAUCACAACAGUUAUUGACGAAGAUACCGCCAUAACAGAUGACUCUGACGACGGUGGUUGGCCGGCUUGCAAGCACGAUAAACCAUGCACCAUUGAAACUUCAUGGGACCGACAUGACCCGGGGCGAAGGUUCUACCGCUGCCCCUUCUUCGCUAAUCCUAAAGAAGACUGCAAAUUCACCAAAUGGUUGGACAAGAAGUUUCCUGAGAAGGCAAACGAACUCAUAAACAAAUACCAGGACACGGUUGAUUCACUCCAACAGCAAGUCGACAACCUCAAGUGUGAGCUUGAGGAGCUCCGUCGCCGUCAUCGGAAAAGAUCCGCCGAAGAAGUUGUUGUCAGUCAUGGAGACAAGUGCCCCUGUGGCAAGAGCCUGUGCGACCUAACUUGUCGCGGCCGGGAGAAACAGACACGCCCAGGCCAAAUUUGAAUAUUGAAGAAAAAUAGGGAACAAAGGAAAAUGACAUGAAAAUUAGAAAAA